CACAGUGAGUGUGUGUCUUUGUUGGAUCUCAGUGCAAGAUGAGUGUAGCAAAGGCCUCGCUGUUGCUUGCCCUCGCUGUAAUCGGCUCCAACGCAGCACCAUCUGCAGAAGAAUGCCAGGGUCUGGCCAAAAGGCUGCCCGGCAAAGAUCUGCACGAGAUUUACGGGGCAUGGGUUCUGGUCUGGUCUGUCUCUGACCAUGAAAUUGGCCACGGCUUGCUGAGAAACCUGACCAGCUCCCACGUAGAGUUUAAACUCCUCGCCGACAACAAAACAAUCGAGUACAUCGAGAGGAACAUGUUCUCGUCUAACAAUUCCUGCACCACCUACUUCAUCAACAUGACGGUCCCCUCUGAUGGCGCUGAACAUCCCACAUUAAAGUGUCAUUCUAUCCGAACAGAGAGAAAUGGCGUGCCACAGGAGUAUAACGACACUGGUGAUGUUGACUUCUAUGAGAGUUGCCCCGACUGUCUCCUAAUGACCUACAAAACAUCAACCAGCAAAUUCCUGCUAAGUUAUAAGAAGGAGGGUUCUCACCGGGAUGUCGAGCAGCAUAAAGCCGCCCAUGAUGACCAUAAGAAGCUGGCCGAGUGUCUGGGAAUCCCUCAUGACAAAGCAUACAUCUACGAUGGACUCACAGAUUUCUGCCAUAAGAAAUCCGCUCCAGAAGCAAAUCCCGAACAGUCCUGAGUGAAAUGAAGAGAACGUGUUAACUUCCAUUGUGAAAAGGAUGCCUACGAGCAAAUAAAAAACACAUACAAAUCAAUUAA